AUGUCAGGAAACUUGUCCUUCCUGUGGCCGACUUCCACGGUCACCCCGCGGAACUCCUCCCUUAACUCUUCCCUCCCUCCCCCAUCGGCUGACUGGGAGGCACCCACCUUCACGAGGGCGGCCCAGUUCCGGGUGGCGGCCACGCUGGUCCUCUUCCUGUUCGCCGCGGUCAGCAACCUGGCGGUGCUGGCGAGCGUGGUGCGGGGGCGCGGCCGGCGCCUGGCCGGGCACCUGAGGCCGCUCAUCACGAGCCUGGCGGCGGCCGACCUGAUGAUGACGUUCGUGGUGAUGCCGCUGGACGCGGUCUGGAACGUGACGGUGCAGUGGUAUGCCGGCGACGCCAUGUGCAAGCUGCUCUGCUUCCUCAAGCUCUUCGCCAUGCACUCCUCCGCCUUCAUCCUGGUGGUCAUCAGCCUGGACCGCCACCACGCCAUCCUGCACCCGCUCGACUCCCUGGACGCCGGGCGCAGGAACAAACGCAUGCUGCUGCUGGCCUGGUCCCUCAGCCUCCUCCUGGCCUCCCCGCAGUUAUUCAUUUUCCGGGCGAUCAAGGCGGAGGGCGUGGACUUCACCCAGUGCGUGACUCACGGAAGCUUCCGGCAGCGCUGGCAGGAGACUGUUUACAACAUGUUCCACUUUGUCACGCUGUACGUGGUCCCCCUGCUGGUCAUGAGCUGCUGCUACACCCGCAUCCUGGUCGAGAUCAACCGUCAGAUGCACAAGAGCAAAGGUGGGGAGGCGUGUCUGAGGCGCAGUGGGACGGACAUGAUCCCCAAGGCCCGGAUGAAGACGCUGAAGAUGACCAUCAUCAUCGUCGUGUCCUUCGUGGUCUGCUGGACACCAUACUACCUGCUGGGCAUCUGGUACUGGUUCCACCCCCAGAUGCUGCGGGUGACCCCCGAGUACGUCCAUCACCUGCUCUUCGUCUUCGGCAACCUCAACACCUGCUGCGACCCCGUCAUCUACGGCUUCUACACCCCGUCAUUCCGCGCCGACCUGGCUGCCUGCUGGUGCCGCCGCCCCCAGGACUCCUCCCCCAAGUCUCUCGACCACCUGUCCACCCGGCGUGGGGCCGCCAGCGGCGAGGCCGAGUCUGACGCCCCCAGCGGCGAGCAGCAGAGCGGGGCUCGUGGGUAG